AGACGCGGGACGGUAGCUUACACAAGCAUGUCAGUUGUACAACUGGAAAAAGGAAAGCAAAACAAAAAUACAACACGUAUCUCACACAGCUUAGUAACGUAGUAGUUGAACGCAGGCCUACUCUUUAAGUUGGUUGCAUUGUCGGCUGAAGCCAUGCUGACUUGUGAGAUCUGUGGUGAGGAGCUAAUGUUGGAGGAGGAUAUGAAGACUCAUCUCCUUCUGAGCCACCUGGAGAACAAAAUGAGCUGUCCACUCUGUUCCUUAUCUGGAGUGUCCUAUGAUGAGCUCAGCUUUCACAUCAGCACCGCACAUCCAGAGAACCACAGCGGGUUGCAGGAUUCAGACUGUGAUGCUCCAGCAUGUUCCUCACCCGCUUUUACUGGAACAAAAACAGAUAUGUCUGAAUCAGCCACUUCCCAGUCGGCGAGGGAGAGUUGUGUCACACCUGGUGGAGGAAAACGUCACAGUAUGCCCCCUCUAACCACAGACAUCGUACAGUCCAAGCGGAACGGUGCUUUAAUCCCACCUUCCACAGGGACCACACCGGUUAGAGGGGGUUCAUCACCUGGGGGGGCAGUGCCCACCAUUUCCUCAUCUUCGACUACAAGGAGCACCACAAGCAGAGAGAUGUCCGUCAGACCCCGUGUUGCCACUGCUGCUGUUGAUGACGAUGGUGAAGAUGCUGAUGGAGUGACAUCUGAGCAUAACAAAGUCAAACAGAAUCGUCUGUCCUCUCCAAGAAAAGAGAAGCUGUUCUCCUGCCCUAUGUGUGCACUGGUCUGCAGCAACUGCUUCAUCCUGCAGGAACAUGUUGAGUUGCAUCUGCAGGAACAGAACUCAGCUGAAGGGGCAGCGCUGGGGACGUCAUCAUCAGCAAUGACGUCUACAUCCUCGAGCAGUUGCUCAGGAGGGAAGAGAUAUGAGUGUCCCAUGUGCGCUAUUGUCUGUGGCGACAGCUUCUCACUGCAGGAGCAUGUGGAGCUGCAUUUAGACUAUGGUGCAGCGACAAGCUGUGCAGAGAGCCCCAGCUCAGACUUGAAGCUGGCCAGACAGCUUCAGCAGGAGGAGGACCAGAGGAGGAGGGAGCAGGAGGCCAGGCAAGAGGCAGAGGAGUUCAAGAAGCUGCAGAAGCAGUUUGGUUUGGACAGCAGUGGGGGCUACCGCAGGCAGAUAGAGAGGACCAUGGAGAGGGCGGUGGCCAGAGGCCUCAUGGCCCCUCAAGACUUUCACAACAAGAGAGCUGAGAUGAUGGAGUCUCUGGCCUCAGGGGUUGAUGAUGGCAGAACCAGAACACAAGGUUUGCUUGGAGCCCUUUAUGAAUAUUACCAGAGGGAAGCUAGAGACUGUGUCCAUGUGUGGUUGUGUGCUGAGACUGACCACUACUGCUCUUCAGAGGGGGAUAAAGGCUGGGGCUGUGGCUACCGAAACUUCCAGAUGCUUCUAUCCUCUCUGCACAGAAUAGAGGCCUUUGCUCGUUGCCUGCCAGAGAAAGCAGUUCCCAGUAUUCCACAGGUGCAGAGUAUGAUCGAGGCGGCGUGGAAGGAAGGGCUGGAUCCACAAGGUGCAUCCCACUUUGAACAGAAGCUGCAGGGAACUCGAGCCUGGAUUGGAGCCACAGAGAUCUAUGCCCUCCUCACUUCCCUUGGCAUCAGUGCCCGCAUCACAGACUUCCACCAGCCCACUGGACCUGGAGAUACCCAUCCCAGGCUUUUUGAGUGGGUGAAGCAGUAUUUUUCCCAGGCUUCCCAGGGCACCAGACUCCCACCCAGGGUGGUUCAGACCACUCAGCCCCCGCUGUACCUGCAGCAUCAAGGUCAUAGCCGCUCUGUGGUGGGUGUGGAGCAGAAGAAGAAUGGGAGUCUAUGUCUUUUGAUCCUGGAUCCUGGAUGGUCACCAGCAGAUGCCAGGAAGCUGCUCAACAGGGACAGCGUCUCCUUGGCCGUUCGCCGAAUCAGGAAGUUCCAUGGUAACUUGAAGCACAAGCAGUACCAAGUGGUGGCAGUAGAGGGCGUAUUGUCCCCGGAGGAAAAACAGAUUUGCAUCCUGAACUCCACAACACUGCGAGCUGAAAGAAUCCCAUGAAACUGGAAUACUGCUGUUUAUCUGUUCAUUUGUCACAGGGAAUAUCAAUUUGCUUUGUGACUACCAGUGCUAUUUUAUUUAUUGAUUCAGUUGACUAAUAAAUUUUAUAUGUUUAUAUUUUUUUAAAACUAC